CAAUUUUUUAGUCCAUGUUUUGGACUAUUUGUAACGUGAGGAAAUUCAAUUUUUACAUUGAAAUCUAUGAGGAUCAGUUUUUUCAGUGAUUAUUCCUCCAUGGCAAGUCCGAUUUAAAAUUCUUUUUUCUAUGUUCAUCUGCAUGUACAUACGCAUGUGCGUGUAAAAUUUGAUGAGAAUUGGUUGAGUGGUGCAAAAGAAAAACACGGACAAAGAAGUUGCAAAGUCAAGAUGAGCGAUCCUGGAAAUUUAACUUCGAUAAAUUUGAUCAGAGGAUGUGGAUUCACUUCAUUAUAACCUCAAUCAAUGUCUUAUAGACAAUCGAAAUAUACUGCGUAGUUGGUACUUGAGAUUACAACUGUCACGUGUCCACUACUGAGAGAGGAUAUCAGUCAAAACUUUUUAUUUAAUUAUUUUAGUAGUGUUUACUAAAAAGUGUUCACUUCCAGGUUCACUUAUCGGAUAACCCGCAUACUCGUACCUUUAUCAAACCUAAUCCCGCCAAAAUACUUCCGUUACUGUCAUCGAUACAGUCGAAAAUGUUCGUACAGUCUCGUAAUAAAAAUACUCAUCAAGGUAGGUUCAAAGUAAUAUUCAAUUUUGUUAAUAGACUUCAGUUAAGUAUUACUCGAGCAUAAUCUUAUUCGAUCACGUUUUGUUAUGGUCGGGCGUAAAUUAUUCACGGAGGAGGGAAAGUUAUCGUUCGUAUGCGUAUGAAAUAGCAAAGCAGAACCAGACUGUAUUAUCAGGAUAAACUUACAAGGAUCGUACGUGUUCUAGUCUCAUCAAGCACGCCUGUUUACUCGUGCUGCGUAAGGAAAAGCAAACUGCAACGUUUAUCGAGCUGGGGCUUUUCUUGCUGUGCAAUUCUUACAAAGGAACUUUCGGAUUCAAUGAGGAGAGCGGUUUCCGUUGAGGAGAAUUGUUUGCAACGUAAAAUGAAGAUCGCGACAAACGACGCGAAAUCAAAGGCGCAAACAGGUUGAUAGCUGCUUCGCUGGAGAAUCGAUGGGUUUACUUCCGUUUCGAUGACGAUAACAGGUGAUAAGCUACUGUAGGAAAUACGGAUCCAUCAGAAUUAGAAACAACCCACGGAUUUCUGAGUGCAAUCAGUAUGCUGUAAUUUCGGAACCUCGAAAGCGUGAAGCGUCAUCUACGCGCUGUGCUUGCGGUUCAAGGUCGCGACCCUGAUUUCGGACACUCCGUGUUUUUCUCCCAGAAUUUUUCCUACUAACUCUUCGCAUAAAUCUCUGAGAAUUUCUCGCGUGUCUCACGCUGCAACACUGUAACAUUACACGGAUAUCACGCGAGCUUCUUUCCCCGUUUCUUUCGUACUUCUUUUACGCAACGGUAAAUACAAUUGUCGCAUUUGAUAUAUACGCUCGAAACGAUGGAAAAUCGAAAUUAUGCUGCGGGAGAGAAUCGUGAAAAGCGCAAACGGUGGUCACAAGGGUGUAUUUUUCUUGCUGGAGGUCGGUAACGGCGCACGACCACGGUAAAUCGACCGUGUAACGAACGAUAGUUUCUUCUCUUAUGAACCGUCACAUAGUGAACCUCAAGCUCCGCAAACAUUCAAGGAUUAUUCGGAUAUCGAAUCCUUGAAGAAAUUCGUGGCGCAUCUGGAUGAACAUCUCUUCGCAUACAGUGAACAUGCACACAUAAUUGUGACGUCAAGGUACAUUAAUAUUACUUCAGGUGAAAUUCUACAUUGUUAUAAAUUAUAAAUUGCUAUAUGAAGAUUUAAUGCAUCUAUUAGGGGUUCCAAUAAUAACUGUGGAGUCAUCGAAGAACUUUCGAAUACCUAAUAUUUAUAAUCAGCUGAUUUUUCCACGAUUCCGGGAAGAGGAUUGAUAAAUUUUUCACGCAGAAGGGGUAUUGACAGAGAUUUUUAACUAAACGCUGGUUAAACGCUUUUAUUUGCAGAGCAUUAACGCGACACCUCUGUUCAAUUUCGUCGGCGAAAGCAUCUGUUUGCACGAUUUCAUCCAUCCAUCGAACAAUAUUUUCGUUUCACUCACCCUCGUUAUCUCUCCUCGAUAAAGAACGUAGGACGAUCGAACCCCACAUUCCGAUUAGUUACACGAUUACGCGGUCGAAUUUGAUUUCGCCGUUUCCAUCGAUUCGAUUUUCGCAUGUUCAAUGUCAGGUACUUGGAUAACAUCUCCGAAUAUGGUAAACCGUCAUGAAUAUUCAUUAAAGCUUGAUAUGGAGUUUGUUAAUCGAGCGCAUCGAAUAUACGCACCGAGUAAUUCGAUCGUUGUUCUUCCAGCGUUAACAAAUUUAUCAUUUUGCAGUCCACGAUUUGUACCCGAAUUUCUUUAUCGAAAGGGAGAAUCAUAAUGAGCGAAAACAGGGGAAGAAUAAGCGAGGGAGGGGAUGAAAGCGGUGGAGGUAAGAUGUAAAGAUGCAAAGGGGGUGUCGACGGUCAUCCGGAUACAACGUACUCGAAAUAGCUGGAAAUUCCAGCGAGAUACGUUACGACGGAAGGGGUACGGUUUGAUUUCUGUUUCCAACGGUGGUGCAAGCUCCGUUCUCUCAUUGGUCCCAGUGAUCCGUGACGUCACUACGCCGGCCUAUGUAUAAGGUGAAGCACACGGAGCGUCAGUUCAUCGUUGUCCGUCACGUCGACCGGGUCUCAUCCUUUGAAUCAUCCUCUGCUUUCGAAUACCACCGAUCGAAUCAACGGACACUUUUUUACAUCGGACCAAAACGAAAAAAGAAUGAUCAUCCGUUCGAUCGCGUUGCUGAUGGUAUCACUAACGUUCGCGUGCGCCGAAGAGUCGGACAUCCUCGAAAAACGCGUGUCCAUGGGUUUCCAAGGAAUGCGCGGCAAAAGGGAGUUCUUGAGCGACGAGCUAUCGAAACGAGCGCCGAUGGGCUUCCAGGGUAUGCGCGGGAAGAAAAGCUUGGAGAGCGAGCUUGCGGAGGCCAUCGACAAGCGUGCACCGAUGGGAUUCCAAGGCACGAGAGGGAAAAAAGAUCCAUUGGCUAGUUUGGAGUACUAUGACUACGAGAAGAGGGCGCCGAUGGGGUUCCAGGGUAUGAGGGGUAAAAAGGAGGACUAUCGCAAGCGUGCUCCUAUGGGAUUUCAAGGAAUGAGAGGCAAAAAGUCUUUGGAACAGAUUUUGGAUGAACUUAAAGAGAGAAGGUUCCUGGAUCCGCGAGAGAAUUAUAUUAACUCCGAUUAUCCGGAAGAGAAGAGGUGGUAUCAAGGUGUUUGCGACGAAAACGAUGAUCCGGCAGAAUGGGAGAAAAGAGCGCCCAUGGGAUUCCAGGGAACCAGAGGGAAGAAGAUUAUUCUCGACGCGUUGGAGGAACUGGAGAAGCGAGACAUGGAUUUUCAGGGAUUGCGAGGUAAGAAGGAUCCGUUCGACGAUUACUUAGAUUACUCGAUCAGUCCGUCCGAUUACGAGAAAAGGGCGUUGGAUUUGCGAGAUAGCGAAGGUAGCGAAUCCUUUAAAAGAGCCCGGAUCGGCUUUCACGGGAUGAGAGGUAAAAGAGACGCGGCGAAAAUUUACGGAUCCAAUUCGAGCAUCGCGAGAACGACGAUGGGAUAUCGCCAGGGUAGCGAUCGUGAGAACGAGCUGGCCGCGUACGGAAUCGACAAACGAUCACCCUUCAGAUAUCUUGGCGCUCGAGGGAAGAAAAAUCCACGCUGGGAAUUCCGAGGGAAAUUCGUCGGAGUGAGAGGCAAAAAAUCCUCCUCGGGAACCGUGGAACGAGUCUUUUAAUAUACCCGAUCACAUCGAAAGGAUGCGCAUGGAUGAAGAUUCGUUGACGUCAUUAGAUGUUCGACGGUAGUAUCGUUGUUCCCGUUGCUAACGUAGCAACAAUAAUCACCGUAUAGCGUUAGUCUUCUUAUCUGAACGCGUCAACGAACAACGGACGAUACGCGUAACAACGGAGGAUAACGUAUCGAUUUCAUCGACUACCGUUACGUUUCCUUUUGUUUCAUUGGCUUAUUUACUCUUUAUUUAUUAUACGUUGAAGACUCGCAUCUACGCGUCGAUCGACGUCCAUGGCGACACAUCCUUCGAGAACGGAACGUUAGAUAAUAUCGAGAUAGUUCUAUUUUUCUCUGAAUGUUAAAUCGUUGAGAAUCGGGAUACAUUCCGUGAGUUACCUGUGUCUGUAAAGUUUAUUUACGAUCAUAAGUGUACAGAUUUUACGUUAGAAAUGUUAGAUAAAAGUGUACGAGAAUGCAAACGGUACAACGAUCGGUGUAACGCCAUUCGGAGCCAACCUUGUUUCUUUCUCUUUUUUUUGUUGUACUUUUUACGUCGAACUAAUUAAUCUUCUGGUACCCGUUGGCCGCGUUCGUGACCGAAACGUCGUCGUAGAUAAUUUAUAAAACGUAUAAUUAUCGCUUUUUCGUCCCCUGUCCGGCCGGUAUUCGUACACGCUCCUGAUUCCUACGAAACGAGCGGCCCGAGGAAAUAUAAUAAACGUUUCACGAUUCACCCAGUUUACCCAGUUACAUUUUUCAGCGGGCAAAGUUGCCGCGUGCGAAGAAUUAUGGGAAAGGAACGCGUAUCGUGUACGCGAUAUACAUACGUGUGAUUAUCGUUUGAUAGAUUAAACAUGUUACGUGUCUAUGUACCUACGUCUAAUCAAAUACAUAUCAAUAAAGCAACGCAUUAUGUUAAUCCUAUGUCUGCAAUUAUCCCGAUAUAUUUUAGUUUUC